GCCACGAAUCCUGGCCGCCUUGGAAGCCGGGAGUGUCUGUUGCAUUUGAAACCCAGGGGCAUUUUUUUUUUUUAUUAUUUUAUUUUUUUGCCUUGGCUCUGGUUGGCGUUGGGGCAGAUGACAGGUCUCUUGGGUUCUGCCUCUGCCCGGUCUCGCUACUAGAGAGAAGCAGCUGGGGAAGUUGUGUUGUUUUCACUCGAGAUGACUUCGCAGCGGGGAGCCGAGGGGAGAGCCCCAUUUUCUCUCCCUGCCCCCCCCCCCCUCCGCCCCAUGCCCCUUCACAGCAAGUGACAGGAAGGAAGUAAAGUUUGCAAGCAACCUGCAGCAACAGUAACUUUCUCCACAAGUCUCCCAGUGCCACACAGCUGCCUGUGCUCAAGGUGCCUUUGAUGUGUGUGCAGCAGCUUCUGGAAAGUGGACUGCAGCCUUCCCUUCCCCACCACCUCCCCUCCCACCACCACCUCAGCCCACACAUGCGAUUUGUUUAAGAAAAGUGAUGAAAUGAACAAGAAGUGAUGAAUUACAGGUCAGUCUUCUAGAAUGCCCGAGGAAAAUUCCCCAAGACGGAGUCCUCAGAAUAUCCCUUAUCAGGACCUUCCUCAUAUGGUCAAUACAGAUGGACAAUAUCUUUUCUGCAGAUAUUGGAAACCAGCCACAACUCCAAGGGCCCUUGUGUUUAUCGCUCAUGGUGCUGGGGAACACUGCGGCCGCUAUGAUGACUUAGCCCAGAUGCUGACAGGACUUAACUUGUUUGUAUUUGCUCAUGACCAUGUUGGCCAUGGGCAGAGUGAAGGUGACCGCAUGGUCGUGUCAGAUUUCCAUGUUUUCAUCAGAGACAGCUUGCAGCACAUUGACCUCAUGAAGAAGGAUCACCCAGACCUCCCCGUUUUCAUUCUGGGGCAUUCCAUGGGAGGAGCCAUCUCCAUCUUAACUGCCUGCGAGAGACCACAUGAAUUUUCAGGCCUGGUGUUAAUUUCUCCUUUAGUUGUGGCAAGCCCAGAGGUAGCGACGCCUAUCAAGGUUUUUGCAGCUAAAGUGCUCAACUUUGUUCUACCAAACCUGACGCUGGGAGCUAUAGACCCAAAUGUGGUUUCCCGGAACAAAAAGGAGGUUGAAUCUUACACCUCAGACCCCCUGGUCUACCAUGGGGGCAUGAAGAUCUCCUUUGUCAUCCAGCUGAUGAAUGCCGUUGCCAAAAUAGAGCGAUCCCUGCCUAAAUUGACUCUACCAAUCUUGGUGCUACAUGGUUUGCCCGACAAGCUCUGCGACAUCAAAGGUUCCUACUUACUGAUGGACACCGUGCAGAGUCAGGACAAAACACUUAAGGUGUAUGACGAGGCCUAUCAUGCUCUCCAUAAAGAGCUGCCUGAGGUCAGCACUGCUGUGUUUAAGGAAAUACUAACAUGGAUUGGUCAGAAGGUCUCAGCAGCUGGAGAACCCAGCCACACUUAAGCCACCUUGUUACCUUCCCAAUGGUCUUCUGGGGAUGGAAGUUUUUGUUUGUUUGGGUUUUUUUAAAAAAAGUCUCUCUGGAAAAGAUUUAACUUAGAGGGACUCCUAGGAUACUUUGCUAUGAAUAGCCAUUCCUAUUACAUAGGAGGGAGACUCCGCUCAGUCAUUUAAAGAGGCCAUUGCCCUAAAGCAGGAAAGGGGGUUAUGGCAGUGGAAGAAGUCACUGAAAAAACUUUCCAGAUUGGUUAUUGUACUACAAGGCUCCUGUUUGCAAAAGCCCCCCCCACCCCAUGUUCUUUGUUUUCUCUGGAAUUCCUGAUGUGCCAAGGCUGUUUUUAUUCUGCAAUAAUCUUUGGAAUGUUCAAUAGUUCUGCAUCUUUCAUUUCAUUCCGUUUCUACUCCUGCGGAGUACGGUCCCCUUCCCUGCUCCCACAGUUGCAGAACAUACUGUAUAAGAAGUCUUUACCCUUGAGAAGGGAACACUAGAGAGAGUUAGCAAAAAGAGCUUGGGGAUGGGGAGAGAGGAAUAAUUCCAUACUUGAAGGUGAAAAGCUAAUUUUCUAGGUCAAACCAAUCUGAAGCAACCUCUUUUAGCACGAGGCCUGAAGGGUGGGGACCUACCCUACCAGAUUGCACUCUAGAAAGACAUGUUGUUUAACCGCUGUUUAAUUUCCAGCACCAGAGCAGAGUUCACAGAGGAGAAGGACUAAUGUAGAAUAAGAUACUUAAAACCUACUAAGCACACACAAACUGUGUGACUUCCAGAUACCAAACCCUCUCCCCUCUGCAAGAUGAGCUACUCUGUGCUACUGAUACUUAAGAUGUAAAGUCAAAAUUUUAUUUAAGAGGAAAUAUUAAUAUACUAUAUGGUGUGUAUCUUGGCGGCUCAAAGAGCUGUCACUGAGGUAGGGAGCAGAGUCUGAAGAAGGAGCUAACUGUCCUCACCCCUGCACUGUCGUAGCCAUGGCAAGAUUGUCCCACCAUGGUCCAUUCCUUUCAUAACUACUCUACAGCAAUCAUUUGGCCUUUUCCCCUCAUCAGCUGGAGAUGGCCAGAAAUGCUAGUCAAGCUCAGAACAUCUAGUGAAGGGAAGGGCAUUGAGAUGGCUGACAUGUACCCUCACAGUCUACUUAUUUACUAAGAGCCUUAUAAUGUUAUUAGGUUUCCCUGCAAGCUCUUCCCAUUCUGUGAAAUGGCCAUUUCUUGGGUGGAUUCUCCUAGACUUAGCAGCUGUGUCUUAGCUGGGUGGCAAUGAAGGGUCACACUUGCUCCUGAGAGUUAGGUGGGCAGUUAAAAGCAUAUCAUAGAGCAGACUAGGUAGCCAAACAUCUGUAUCUGAAUAUUGGGGCUACAUAGAACAAGCUGUACAGAAGGAUACUGAUGAAUUACCACAAAGACAGCUGCCACCAGAAAGUUCGUAAAUCCAGCAGAUUCCGAUACUGGUGGGAAGCUACAGAUCCAAAUGCCAGAGCUCACUGGUCUUUCAUACCAGCAAGGCUAGAGGAAGACUUCUAGGAGAACUUUCAACGUGAAAACUCACUCACAUGGCAAGUGAGCUUGCAUCAACCUGUUUGCCUUUCCUCUGGUAGUUGUGUUACAGGGAAAUCAACUGCCAGAACUGUACUGUUAUACCACUGUGGUUAUGCCGGUAUAAACUCCCUGUGUGGACAUACAAGUAUCCACACAGUUAUAGCAGUGGACACUCUUAAAUCAGUUAUACUGGUAUAAUUAUACCAGGAUAGUUUUGCCAGGCAAUGUCCCAUGCAGACAUGCCCUUAGUAAUAGGCCUCUGCCCACAUGCAAGAGAGAGUUUAGCUUUUUCCUCCCACUCUCUUAGGCGUUCCAACAAUAAGUCCAUCCAAGUUCUGCAGAGGGUGCGGGAAGCAUUUCAUCACAGGGAAAAGCAAGUAUCCUCCAUGGUUUCCAUUGUAGAGGGGGCAUGUGUCUCAUACAGGCAUUGUACAGCAGCUGGAGCUAUUGCAGGUCCUUACUGCUCCCUUUCCAACUCUGCCCUGGAGGAGAGUAGGGCAGUAUUCCCAUCAUGACAGUUUGGUGCUGUUUCAGUGGCUUGUAAGGCAAUGUACCACUAUUACACCAAUAUUUCACUUCCCCUUGAAGCCCAUUUUGGCAGGACACAGGAAAGGUAACCUUGUGCAAUAACAACAAGCAUCAGAGACUGACUUUCACGAGCUCAGACCUGUUCUCUAAUAAGGGUUUGAGAAGUUAAUGGAAGUCAUCCUUGUGCUUGCAACUGUGUAGUGCAUCUAAUCAGAAAUGCUGUUCUUUACAGAUUGGCUCUGGCAUUUGUACAGCUCUAGCUUCCUGGCUGCAAUCUGAGAAAUCAUUAUAGAUCUCAGCAGUUCAGCUCAACUUGAAUUUAAAACCCUGUUCCAACCAAUCAACUGCUACCACCAACACCUGGAAACCCCCUACAAUGGCUUUUGGGUAUCAACACAAGGUGAAGCUCAGGCAUCGCAUGCUCAAGAGUGUCCAGUGAGCUGGCUUGUGGCAACAUUUUUCUCCUACAGGUCGGUCGUUCCCCCCACACACACACACUAACCGUGAGCUGGGAAGAGAUGGUGAGCAUGGAGACAUUACAGUGGUGGGAGACCCUGCCUAACUCUUAUGCCUUGAGCAUGCAUUAGGGUAGGUGUAAUCAUACAGUGAUAUGUGCUAGGGUGACAUAGGGAGUACUAGAAAUAUUUUAUAAAUAAAAAGAGGUGAUUAGAAGAUAUGAUUUUGAAAAGCACCUAAUGUUGUUCUGAGUCUGCUCCCAUUGACUUAAAUUGGAACAGAAUUAGUUGAGUACUGAGCUCUUUUGGGGGGAGGGAGGGGAGAAUCCUAAAUGAACAAGCAUUUGAAAGAAAGAACUAACCCUACAGUGUUAUGGUCGCAGCCCUGCUGCUCCCUAGAACCUGUAUGUGGCCAUAGGAAGUCCUGGGGUCAGUGCCUUUGAUCAGUUCUGUUCUUUAGCCUGAGAGAGAGCUGCUUUCUUCCUGAGCUUGGAAGCAAUAUGUAAGAAGAAAAUGAGGAUGAUAAAAAGAAAACCUGUCCUUUUGUCCAGCUAAGCUCAGCAAGGUCACACAGGCAGGGGAAGCUGUGUUUGAAAAUAAAGUGUUCAGAUGACAUUUGGCAAAGCUGACAUUUGCUGCUGCUCUCAGACAAUUUUCUGAAGCACUGUCUUUUGGGAAACUGGGCCUCAAGAAGACCUAGCUGAGAAAUUGAGGGCCAGUUUCUGACAGACUUGAAUAGAGCUCAAAUCUCACUGUUUAACAUAGAAACAGAGCCAGACCCUCAGGUAGUGUAAAUCAGUGUUUUUUCAGUAUAGACUUCAAGAUACAGGUGUAAAUUAACAUAGCUCUAGUGAGGUCACUUGUGCUAUACUGAUUGACAGCAGUUGGGGAUCCACCUCACAUUUAAACUCUUACUGCUAUAGUUGAUCCAUUGCCACAGGUCCAAACUGGCUUAAACUGGCACAUUUAGUCUCCACCAUGUCCUAGUGGAAAUCCCUUCUUGAGCAAUUUCAUUAGCAGCAGGAAGAUCUGCCACCAGCAGAAAUGUAAUUAAAACCUUUAUUUUCAAAUAUCAUGGACACUUUAUGGGGAGCACUGCUGGCCUUAUGAACUUCCAGAUUGCUCUGCUGAGACAAAUGGGGAUAGUUUCCCUCUGAGUAUAGAAUGCAUUUAUGACAGAGCAAUAGUAGUCUGUAACUACUGUAUAUGCAGUAUCACUACAAGUACCAAGCAUAGCAUCAAAAGACCAUCCUCAUAAUGUGUAAUCCACACAGUUUUCUAUUUAGCCUGCUCUUUUUAUAUUGGUCACCCUAGCACACUGUCAGCAUAAACCUGUAGAGAUCACUUAUUUUUCCAAGUAAUUUCUGAGCCCGUCAUUCCAUUGUGCUCCAGUUGAAUAUAAUAUAUACACAUGUGCAUACAUGUAUUUUCAGUGGGAAAAGUGUGUACAAGUUUAGGAUUCUUUAAAGGAAUACAAUGUAUAUUGCAACUAAUAAUAAAGUUAUGUUUUCUGAA